UAAUUGUCCAUGAAGGUUUCACCAUUAAUAUCCCAAAGUUCAGACUGCAUGUCAGUCAUUAACCAACAGAUCUUAAACAAACCUCCCCUCCCUCGUCCCCAUUUGCUUGCUCUCUUUUUUCAUCUGUUUAUUUGCUGUGGAAAAGUUGGACAGAACCUCACGGUUUACAGGUGUUGGUCGUGGCAUCCAUAAUUUAUGGUGUCACCGAUGUUUGAUCUAUGUAGAGGACUGUGUGUGGAAACGAAAUUUUGUUUACAUGUGUAAAUAGAGGUGGUUAUAUAUUCAUAUAAGUUGCAUUGUUUGCUGAGCAAGCAUAGGAGUUGCACAAACAUUCUGUUUUAAAGCACUACUUAGAUAAAACUUCAAUUGGAAACUCCAGCAUUUACUGGAAUCAACAGUUCACUUCUUUAGGUUGUUAGAAUCGAAAUAGCCUCUCACUCAGUAUCUUCAGCUUGUGGAAGAAGAGUGAAGAUGUAUUCUCUUCUUCGGCCACACUUGUUAAAUCGUUUCAUUUCUCUGCGUUUAAUGAGUGUGGCUGCUCCUCAGUCCCUGGCAGCCAAACAUGGUGGUUGUGACCUCUGUCACGCCACUCCAUCUGCAUUCCUGAACUUUGAGGACCCAAAAGCAUUCAAGGUGAAGAGUCUAUGGGAGCUGAUGCGAGCCCUUGGAGUCUUCAGGCUUUGCUCCUUCCCUGUUCUGGUGAACAACUGUGGCAAGUUGAUGACCAUUGCAAGGAUGGUUUUGGGUAAGCGGGGUUUCUCAAUGGUCCUGCGUCCAACUGUGUAUGCUCAGUUUGUUGCCGGAGAAACAGAAGGUGAGAUUUCAGAAUCCAUGCAAAAGAUGAGCUCUCUGGGGCUCCACCCCAUGCUGGCCAUCCCCAUCGAAGAGGACCUGGGAGAGAGCACUGGGGAACGUCGAUACGAUGACAACCUGGCGGCCAUGUUGGAGUGUGUACACAUAUCUCACAGUAAUGGCUGGAGUAAGAAUCCAAUGAUGCAGCUGAAGAUCACAGCUCUAGUCAAUCCUGAGCUGUGUGUAAAGCUGACCUCUCUGCUAAAGACUGAACAAUAUGAUCUGAACUUGCUUGUCAAAGCCAUGGAGGGAGAGGAAAUAAUGUUUACUGGCCUGACCGAAAGUGAAAACGCACACUUCCUAUGCAGCCUUCGGAGACUUAACAAAAUAGGAGAGGCCAGUGCUAAUAAAGUCCGUGUUUUGGUGGAUGCUGAGUAUACUUACAUGAAUCCUGCACUGUCACUCAUUACCAUGGCUAUGAUGAAGAAAUUCAAUCAAAAAAGUGCCUGGAUCUGGAACACAUAUCAGUGUUACCUUAAGGAAUCAAGACAUUUGUUGCUUGAUGCCAUUCAGACAUCCAUUGAUCAGUCUUUCUGUCUCGGUGUUAAGCUUGUCAGAGGGGCUUACAUGGAUAAAGAGAGGAAACUGGCAGAGAAGGAGGGGCGGACAGAUCCAAUCCAUGAAUCAUGGGAGCAUACUAAUAACAGUUAUAAUGGAUGUCUCGAGAUCAUGCUUAACCUAAUUUCUGAGAAUCCUGAACGCUACAUGAUUAUUGUUGCCACUCACAAUGAAGAAUCAGUCAGACGGGCAGUGACAAGAAUGGAAGAGUUGGGCAUUGGUGGAAACGGAAGCUCUGUCUGUUUUGGCCAACUGCUGGGAAUGUGUGACCAUGUAUCACUAACUCUAGCUCAGCAUGGUUUCUCAGUGUAUAAGUCAGUGCCGUAUGGCUCAGUGGAUGACACACUGCCAUAUUUGCUGCGCAGAGCUCAGGAGAACCGCACUGUACUUCAGGGCAUCCGCAAGGAGAGAGACCUGCUGAGACAGGAGAUCCGCCGCAGAAUCCGAGAGAAGAUCUUAAGAGCCAGAUAGAGAAUGAGCAGAGGAGAGAGAACAUUGUCAGUGCAAUAGGUCAAGAGUAAAAAGCUUUUUUUUCAUUACUUGAAUCACAUUUUAUCUUCUCCAAAAUGUAAUACAUUUGUCCACCUCUGAAAUAACUUUCCAGCUGAAAAAAGAAUAUGUCUGCAGUCAAACCUAUUACAUAUUAUAUUUAAUUAUCUUUAAAUAUCUAGUUGUAAGACAGAUCAAUGUCAUAACAUUGUCAAUGACUUAAAGGAAUAUUCCAGGUUCAAUACAAGUUAAGCUCAUUCAACAGCAUUUGUGGUACAAUGUUGAUUGCUGCGAAAAUAAUAUUGACUUUCCCCUCCUUUUCCUUAAAAAAAAAAAAAGGAACAUGUUUUUUUUUUUUUAUUAUUAUUAUAUUUUGAAAUGUCAUUUUGAUAUUUUUUCUAGACUUAAAGUCAAAAAUGUCUAAGUGGUGUAACCGUCCAGAGAAAUAAAUAAAAUACAAUUCACAUUAAAAGCUGAAAUGUUGGCAUAAGUAUUUUUGAUUAACCUUUUUAUUGUUAUUUCUUAACAAAUAUAAGCAGGGGAAAAAUUUUGUUUUAAAAUAUUACAUAUAUAUUAUUUUUAAAUGGUCAACCAAAUCAUUUGUCACAACUAUAAAAUAGUGUAUAGUGUCCAAAGAAUGAGAAAUGCUAUUGCAAAUAUGACCAAUAGAGUUGCAAACCAUGUUUUAAAAAAGUAUCUAUCUAUGUAUCUCAGUUUUACAUCUGUACUGACUUGUUUCCGGGUUUUUCUCAGCUUGAGGCCCAUCAGGAGCUCAGAGACCCCGGGAUCACUGGCCCCACUGGCCCAGUCUGUUAUCAAUUCUUGGACAUUAUUUGUGACUGUAGAGAUCCAGUGUAAAUUGACUUGGUUGUUAGUGUUAACAACAUUAAAAUAAAUAUAUACAUAGUAA